AUGGUUCGAGACCGAAACCAACCCAAUUCCACUCACCGAGUGCUAGUCUCCGGCAACUAUUGCCACGACGUUCUCAUCAAGGACGGCGUCGUUUUGGCCGAGACUCUCGGCGGGGCAGCCUCUUUCAUCUCCAACGUCUUCGAUGGCCUCUCCGUUCCCUACAAUCUGGUCUCCAAAGUCGGCUCCGACUUCGCUUACUCGGUUCCUCGUGACCCCAUUGUUGUACCCAAUUGCAAAACCACUCUGUUCCACGCGCAUUUCGAUUCCGGCGUCGACGGCGACGGCCGCCAGGACCGGGUUCUGAAACGGGUCAGCUCCUGCGACCCGAUUAAGCCCUCGGAUCUCCCCGAAUCCGGGUUUGAUUUCGGAAUGGCGGUCGGGGUCGGAGGAGAGGUCACGGUCGAGACGAUGGAGAAGCUGCUUGAGAUUUGCAACACUGUGUUUGUGGACAUCCAGGCUCUGAUCCGAGCUUUCGAUGGCGUCGACGGGACUGUGAAGCAUGUGGCUUUGAAAGAGAGUGGUUUCUUCCACCUAUUGCCGCGAAUUGGGUUCUUAAAGGCGUCGGCGGAAGAGGCCUUGUUCAUGGAGGUUGAGGAGGUGAGGAAGCUCUGCUGUGUUGUUGUGACGAACGGGAGGCGUGGGUGCAGAGUGUAUUGGAGAGAUGGGGAAGUGGAAGUUGGGCCGUUUCCGACGAACCAGGUUGAUCCGACGGGUGCCGGAGACAGUUUCUUAGGUGGGUUUGUUGCUGGUCUUGUUAAUGGGUUAACUGUGCCUGAUGCUGCAUUGCUUGGGAACUUGUUUGGGUCAUUGACUGUUGGGCAAAUUGGACUGCCCAAGUUCGAUUUCAGAUUGCUACAGGGAGCUCGGGAAGAGGUGCAGAGAAGAAAAAUGCAGUGUGUUAACUGCUGUGAAAGAAAAGAUGACAAGUUUAGGUUUGUGAACGCGGCAGGACAUGAACAAUUUCAUGCAUCUCUUGGAGUAGCUAAGCAGACAACAAAAUGCCUUGCUCAUGAACCUCAAUGGGAUCUGCCAAGUUCUCCUCCCAAAUCCACAGAGCAGGUUGUCCUCUGUCAAUACACAACACAGCCUAAAUCGUUAACUGGCUCUGUCUACGAGGAGGCAAUUAAAACAGUCAACGUUGAAAGUAAACCGUGA